GGCGCCUGCGCGGUGGCCCCGGUGGGGGGGCGCGGGGCGGAGGAGGCGGCGAGAAGAUGGCGACGUCGAGCAAUCCGCGGAAAUUCAGCGAGAAGAUCGCGCUGCACAACCAGAAGCAGGCGGAGGAGACGGCGGCCUUCGAGGAGGUCAUGAAGGACCUGAGCCUGACGCGCGCCGCGCGGCUGCAGCUCCAGAAGCCACAGUGCCUGCAGCUGGGCCCGGGACGCGGCCAGUACUAUGGGGGCUCCCUGCCCAACGUCAGCCAGCUGGGCGCGGGGGACCUGCCAUUCCAGACGCCCUUCCCGCCGUCGGGCAUGGACACCAGCCGCACGUCGCGACACCACGGGCUGGUGGACCGCGUGUGCCGGGAACGUGGCCGCCUGGGCUCCCCGCACCGCCGGCCCCUCUCUGUGGACAAGCACGGCCGCCAAGCCGACAGCUGUCCCUACGGCUCUGUGUACCUGUCCCCACCUGCCGACAGCAGCUGGCGGAGGACCAACUCAGACUCGGCCCUGCAUCAGAGCACCCUGGCGCCUGCGCCUGAGCCCUUCUCCGUCGCCCCCCAGGACGCCCACCAGAAGAGAGUGCUGCUGGCGGUGCCCGGCAUGGAGGAGGCGCCCCCCGACGCGGACAAGGGCCUGGCCAAGCCGGCUUGGGACGGCAAGAAGACGGGGUCCCGGCCCAAGUCCUGCGAGGUCCCCGGCAUCAACAUCUACCCGUCCACGGAGCCUGAGGGGCCGCCCGCCCCAGCCUCACCCUCAGCCUCGUCCUCGCUGCUGCCCGCGGCCCCCGGCACAGGGGGCUCGCUGCCCGACCUCAGCACCCUGCACUUCCCCUCCCCCCUGCCCACCCCUCUGGACCCCGAGGAGCCCGGCUUCCCCACCCUGGGCAGCUCCGGGACCCUGCCCCACCUGCGCCUGGGCGGCCAGCCCCCCGGCGUGAGCUCGCCGGGCUCGUCCCCACAGCACCGUGUGGCCGGAGUCAGCCCGCCGCAGCCCCAGCCCGUGUCCCCCAGCCUGUGCCCACUGUCCCCCAUCACCCAGGCGGCCCCCAUGGAGGCGCUGGCCAUGGAGCCGCAGCUGCCCUUCGCCUUCUUCACGCCCGGCUCCCAGCCGCCGCCGCAGCCCCCGCCGCCCCCCUCGGCCCAGCCCCCGCCGCCCCAGGUGCCCGUGGGGCUCCCCCCCCCCCAGCGGCCUUUCGCGGGGUCCCCGCCACCCCCGCUCCUGGUCACCCUGCCGCCCUCUCUCCCCCAGCCCCCCGAGAGCGCCGGCCCGCCCCCCAUGGUGAUCGAGGUGGGCUCGGCGCCCGCCCUGCAGCAGUACCGCUCCAGUGCCGGCUCCCCCGCCAACCAGUCCCCCACCUCGCCGGUGUCCAGCCAGGGCUUCUCCCCGGCCAGCUCGCCGCAGCACACCUCCAGCCUGGCGGCCGUGUUUGGGGACACCUACUACGAGCAGCAGAUGGCGGCCAGACAGGCCAACGCCCUGUCCCACCAGCUGGAGCAGUUCAACAUGGUGGAGAGCGCCCUGGGCUCGGGCGGCCUCUACAGCCCCGGCUCCGCGCUCAGCUACUCCCAGGCCACCAUGAUGGGGCUGGCCGGCAGCCCUGGGAGCCUCCCGGACACGCCGCUGGGCUACGGGGGCCAUGGCGGUAUCCCCAACAUCAUCCUCACAGUGACGGGCGAGUCGCCCCCCAGCCUGACCAAGGAGCUGGCGGGCGUGGGCGACGUGGGCUUCGAGGCCGACCACCACUUCCCGCUGGACGAGCUCAGGAUAGACCCGCUGACGCUGGACGGGCUGCACAUGCUCAGCGACCCCGACGUGGUCCUGGCCGACGCUGCCACGGAGGACACCUUCCGCAUGGACAGGCUGUGACCCCAGCGCCCGCCCGCCCCGCCCUGCCCCGCGGCAGCCUGGGUGGAGCGCGGGCGGGCGGUGGCCGCGGCUUUUCCGGACUGUUGCCAGCUCUCACUGCCGACCCCGUCCCGUCCGCCUGUGCCAGCUGUGGGUGGGCCCGGGC